AUUUCGUACGAUUCUAUUUUGAUUGAUUAGGUUUCAUCCUCCAUAACAAAACACCACCGGUAUUGAUGAUUGAUGAUGAUCAUGAUCUCGUCGCUUUUGAGAAUGAUUACAAAACCAGGAUCAGCCAAGCGAAUUGAUCAUCAUCCUAUUCCUUCCCAGUUGGUGUAAGGGUUCCAUUUCAACACCUUGCUUUUGAGUCGAUCGCCAAAAAUCAUGGGCCCGACACCUAAUACCUGCGCCCGAUGCUGAUGCGGACUUCAAUAUACUUUGCUCUGUUCUUCCAAAAUUCCCUUCUCCUUUUCCCAAACUCUUAUCUCGAUCUCCAUUUCUCUCUCUCUCUCUCUCUCUCUCUGAUCUUUUCUCCACCGUCGACGCUCUCUGCUGCUUCUUUUGGAUUCCUCUCUGUGUUUGAGUUAUGGAGUUCUUUCUUGAACUUGCGCUUACCAUUAGUCUUCCUCUUCUUAUUUCCUUUGUUAUUACUAAGCUUUUUUCCAGGGGCUCGACCGACGAGGAAUUGGCUCCGUUUGGCUUUGACUUGCAAUUUGGAUCGCGAAUUCAUAAUCUGGAAAGUGGAAAACCUAGUGUUGUUGUCGAAGAUUUUGUCGGUGGCGAUGAGAUUGUUGAAUGUCAACCGAAACAGGGGGAUUCCACCGCCAUCGUUGAAUCAAGAGAUGAAACUGAGAGUAAAUGCGACGCGGCGGUGAUUGACUCUCAGAGGAUCGUUGAAAAAAGAGUUGAGAGUGACUACGAUAAUGGCGACGGUGAUUGCGGCGGGGAGGUUGGAGAGAACGCGAUCGAUGAAAGUUCUGUUAGGGCCAGGUGUGAGGAAACUGGAAUCAAUCGGGAUAAGGAGGAUGUCCGCGAAGACUUUGAAGUUGAGGCCGUCGAGAGUGAUCGGAGCAAGGUCUCCGGUGAAGUGAACGACGAGGGAAGAUCGGCGGAGGAAAUUGCCGUGGAGGAUGAUGAUUGGGAGGGAAUUGAAAGAACUGAAUUGGAGAGGCUAUUUGAAGCCACAGUGGAGUGUGUGAAAAUUCACGAUAGCGAGGAUCCUAAUUUUGGCAGUGAAUUGAAGAUGCGGCUGGGCGGGCUUCACAAGAUUGCUACGGAGGGGCCUUGCAGAGAACCGCCGCCAAUGGCUCUGAAGAUCUCUGCUCGAGCUAAAUGGAAUGUCUGGAAGCAGCUGGGGAACAUGACCCCUGAGAUGGCUAUGGAGAGCUAUAUCAACCUUGUUUCUGAAAACAUUCCUGGUUGGAAGCCCAAAACUACUCCAGUAAAUAGCUAUCAAGAUGCUUCUCGCACUCACGAAUUCGAGAAAAUAGCUUCCGAAACGAAACCAAUUUAUUGAAGGGAGAAAAAACACACUCUUGUGAUGUCCAAUGCUGAUUGCUUUUCGUUUGUUGAUUCUUCUACUGGAACUGCAACAGCAGGGAGUCUGAAUAACUGAAGCCUUCCUUGUGUCAACUGCAGGCGAUGCAACUCAGUACUGAGGAAGCUCUAUGGUGUCAAAAUUCAGUUUGUAUAUUCGUCCUAAGCUUUGAUUUUGUCCAGUUAUUUCUUGGCCAUUUGGCUCAUUUCAUUUGGUUGCAUUUUGAGAACCUAUAACAUUAUUUUACAAUCCGUCCUAGAGUUCUUUUUAUUAGCAAAUUUGAAGUUAUUUAUACAAGGUAUGAAGCUGUAAAUUCAAAAUAAUUCUUCUACCGUCAUAAGUUUGGAUUGAUAUGUUAAAGUACUUUGGAACAUUGGUUGAAAGGUACUAGUUGGCAAAUGAGCAACAAAAUUUGCUCUAACUUGUGUCAAUUCACAUUCAACCACCAAACUUCUAAUUUUAGGCUCUAUAUUAGCCAUGUUUUU